CCUAAUUGAAACCACAAUGGGUGGGGGUGGUGUGGUGCAGUGACUCGAAUCGAAACAAAGCAGGUUAAGUUUAUUUACUGAAAGUGAGACCCCCCCUAAACCCUUAACACCCCCGAAGUAAGGAGCAGUGAAAAGUCGCAGGUAUGAAGACUUUCACGGACAUAAACACAAACACUUGGAAUGCAAUGGAACCCUGAGAGAACGAGAAGAACAUUCCAGUUCCAUUGGUCCAUUCCAAUCCAUGAUGCUCCCGCUCAAACAAGUAACCAAACACCGUCUCAGAUCCAAAUCCUUCAUCUCCACCGUUCUCAACCCGUGCUCCUCCGACCAUGCUGCAUACACUUCUCUCGCAUCAUCAUCACCCUCCCAAUCAACAUCCUCCUCCUCAGCCUCAAGCUCCUUUCUUAUCUCCCAAAACGACGUCGCCUCCUCCUUCAGGUCGUGGUUCGCGGCGGCGCGGAAGCAGCACCAGCAGCUCCCCUUCGACCCCCUCCUGAACCGCAUCCACCAAAUCCUUUCCUCCCCCGCCGGCGAAGAGGACUUCUCCGCCGCUCUCUCCGCCCUCCGCCUCCCCUUAUCGGAGAGCCUCGUCCUCCGCGUCCUCCGCCAUGGCGCCGCCCGCCGCAACAUCCUCCCCUGCCUCAAGUUCUUCGACUGGGCCGGCCACCAGCCCCACUUCCACCACACCCGCGCCACCUUCGUUGCCAUUUUCCAAAUCCUCGCCCGCGCCGACCUCAAGCCCCUCGUCCUCGACUUCCUCGACUCCUUCCGCCGGCGCAUCUUCCACCACCGCGUCCGCUUCCACGACAUCCUGGUCGUCGGCUACGCCAUUGCCGGAAAGCCCCAAAACGCCCUCCAUGCCUUCGGCCGAAUGCGCUUCGUCGGCCUAGACCUCGAUUCCUUUGCCUACCACGUCCUGUUGGACGCCCUCGUCGAGAAAAACUAUCUCAAUGCGUUUGACAUCAUCGUGAGGCAAAUUCGCUCCAGGGGCUACGAGAAUCACAUGACCAAUGUCAUUGUUGUUAAGCAUUUGUGCAAGGAGAGAAGGUUGGAGGAGGCUGAGGGUUUUCUCAAUGGUUUGAUGUGUCGUGGAGAGGAGUUAAAAGGGCCUGAAGUGAGUUUUUUGGUUGGUGCAUUGUGUGAGAGUUAUAGGUUUGAGCGUGCCUUUGAGUUGGUUAAGCAAUUUGGAAGCUCUGGGUUGGUUCCGUUGGAUCAUGCUUAUGGGGUUUGGAUAAAGGGUCUUGUCCGGGGUGGGAGGGUGGAUGAGGCAUUGGAGUUUUUCUCUCAGAAGAAGGACUCGGAAGGUUAUUUUCCCGCCACUGUUAGGUAUAAUGUUUUGAUUUGUAGGCUUUUGCGGGAGAAUCGGCUUCGCGAGGUUUAUGAUUUGUUGGUGGAUAUGAGUGAGAGCUGCAUUCCUCCUGAUGCGGUUACCAUGAAUGCUGUCUUGUGCUUCUUUUGCAAAGUGGGGAUGGCGGAUGUCGCGUUGGAGUUGUACAACUCCAGGUCUGACUUAGAGUUGUCUCCCAAUCACUUGGCUUGCAAGUAUUUGAUACUUACUUUGUGCUGGGAUGGGGGCGCUAAGGAGGCGUUCAAUGUGCUCAGAAGCACCGUUGACCGGAGUUAUUUUCCUGAUGGGCAGACGUUUUGCACCCUUGCGAGUGCUUUGUGCAGGGAGCGCAAGAUUGAUGAGAUGAAGGAGUUGUUGUAUCUUGCCGUGGGGCGGAAUAUUGUGCCUCCUACGUCGAUGUAUGACAAGUACAUAUCGGCUCUGUGCCGGGCUGGGAGAGUGGAAGAUGGUUAUUUGGUACAUGGGGAACUUAAGAGUGUUGCUGCCAAGACGUCGUAUGUUAAGAUGAUUAAGGGUUUUGUUAAGUCUGGUAGGGGAGAUACUGCUGCUCGGCUUCUUGUUGAAAUGAAUGGGAAGGGUCAUACGCCGAUUCCUCGGUUGUGUAGAUAUGUUAUUUGCAGCUUGCUUGAAAUGGACAAUUCAAGAGGGCGCUUUUUCAAUUUACUGGAGAUGCUGACCCGUUGUCAACAUUCUUGUCAGACUUACAACUUUUUCCUUGAUGGAGCUGGACAUGCUAUGAAGCCUGAGUUGGCUAGGGAAGUAUUUGAGUUGAUGCAAAGGAAUGGCAUUACGCCCAAUAUGUGUUCUCUUAUUCUUAUGAUGAAUGGUUAUUUGAUCAGUGGGAGAAUUUCUGAUGCUCUGAAUUUUUUUAAUGAUGUACAGCGCCGGGGUUUGGCAACUAAGAAGUUAUAUGUUGCCUUGAUUACUGGUCUCUGCAAGUCCAAUAAGGUAGACAUUUCACGUGAGUACUUUUUCAGAAUGUUAAGAGUUGGAUUGAAUCCAAGCCUUGAAUGCUAUGAGCUUCUUGUGCAAAAGCUUUGCUCAUUGCAAAGAUAUAGUGAAGCAAUGCAUAUCAUUAAUGUAUCUCAGAAAAUGGGACGUCCAGUAAGUUCUUUUAUUGGCAAUGUACUUCUUUAUCAUUCUUUGAUUUCACCGCAACUCUACGAUACAUGCGUUAAUUUAAGAGGAGUGGAAGAGGGGGUAUUUUCUGGUAAUUCAACACUUUGCUUGAUGAUUGGUGCAUUUUCUGGUCGUCUCAGAGUGAGCCAUUAUAUUACGGACCUGGAAAGAUUAAUCGAGAAGUGCUUUCCACCUAAUAUUUUCACCUACAAUCUGUUGCUAAAACAAGUAGCCAGGAGUGAUAUGGACAAAGCUCGUUUGUUGUUUGCUCGGAUGUGUCAAAGGGGUUAUCAACCUAAUAGUUGGACAUAUGAUAUCAUGGUACGUGGUUUCUCAAUUCAUGGGAGGAAUGAUGAGGCUAGGCGGUGGCUUAAAGAAAUGUUUCGAAACUGAUUUUAUGAAUUUUAUGAUAAAAAACAAUAGAAUAUUCAUUUAAGGAGAACUGGUCAAGGUCCAAUCAAUGCGUUAAAGAUGUAAAAUGGUUCAUCCAAUUUUGGAUUUGCAUGGUAGUAGUACUUCGUGACCAGGUGUAUGCUCGUCGUCAUCACUGCUGGCAGAAUCUAGCUGAAAACUGAAAUGGAGAACUGGUCUUGUAGAAACAAACAGAGAAGAGAGGAAAAGAUUAUGAAAGAACAAAAGAAGGGAGGAAGAAGACAAAUAAAGAAGUGGUGCAGCCAAGAGAGCCAUUAGUCCAUUACCUGAGAGGUCCUAAGAAUUCAAGCUGUGAUUAUGUAAAAGAAUAACAAUCUUUUCCGAGAAGUGUCAAAGUGGAGAGAAUGAAACUCACAAAGGAGCAUGGGCUUAGCAUGGACAGUGCAACAAAUUUAAGUUUGAACUUUAAACUGUACCGUUAGGGUUUGAAGAGUUGCAUCUUUUCUAACAUUACAUGGCAACAAUUCCUGGUUUGGAAUGUCUGUGCAUCAUAGAUUGGAGGUAUUAAUUAAGUCAGUUGAGAUGUUUGGAUGGUAUGAUUAUGAAGAAAGCUGAUAGGCAACUAGGCAACUUAUUACAGAAAAUAGGAUAAACCCCACACACAGGAAUCAGAAUCGCAGGUUCAUUACUAUCGAACUCUAGAAAACAUAAAAUAGAAUACUAAUCUAUGCAACAAAA